AUGGGCGGUGAAAUGGGUAGCUCCAAUACUCUGGGUGGGGACAGUGAAGGUGGUGGUGACAGUGAUGGUGGCGGCGACAUGGGUAGAGGCAUGUCCAUAGCUUUGUCUGUUGGUUAUAAUGAACUCAGAUUUGAUAUGAAGUAUAAAGGUAAAGACUACUACGCUGUGUACAGAGGUUUUAAGGUAGAAAAUGAAGCAGCAAAGUAUAAGAUGAGCAUCACGUCAUUCGGUGGUGGGAAUGCUGGAGACUGGUUUAGACGUCACAACGGCUUGAAGUUUACAACCAUUGACUCUGAUAACGAUAGGUCACAUGGCAACUGUGCUGAAAUGUGUGAAGGUGGUUGGUGGUAUGAAAGGUGUCAAUGGGUUAACGUCAACGGUAAAUUUAAAACAGGAAUGCAAUGGCAUAACGUUGCAAGCUAUAAAAACUCUCUAAGCUCUGUUGAGAUGAAACUUCGUCGAACGUAA